GUAGAUUUCAAUCAAUACACAUUUCUGGCAAAAUAACAGAGAAUAAACAUGGUUCUUUUGAAUUUAUUAUUUAAUAUAUAUGCUUUAAUGUUCGCUGAAGGCGCAUAUCUGCGAUGUUAUCGUAAAAGUAUCGACGAUUAUACAGUUACGCCUUUAUCAGAACCAUUGCCAAUAUUAAACUCUUCAUGUUUUGAUGCAAGUCGUUCAACUGUCAUUUACACAUUUGGCUUUGGCGCCAAAAAAGAUGGCCCUGUUACAACAAUUGUUAUCCAAUCUUAUAUCGACUAUGGCAAAGUUAAUUUUAUACUUCUCGAUUGGGAAAAAGAAGCCAGCACCGGCAUGCUGGGAGCUGCAGCAGGAUAUGUGGCGUCAGGUGUACCUCAAGCAAUGAAGAUUGGUGCACAACUUGGAUCAGCCAUAAUCACUAUGAGCAAUAACGGAUUAGAUAUACAAAAUUUACAGUUGAUAGCGCACUCUUUAGGUGCUCAUCUUAUGGGAUACGCUGGCAAGCAAGUCAAAAAGGAAGGCAAAAUUGUUGGCAGAAUAACUGGACUAGAUCCCUCAGGUCCACUUUACUCGGGUGCGCUUUCUAUGAAGGGCUUGGAAGCUAACUGUGCCGAAUAUGUUGAUGUAAUUCACACAGACCCAGGAACAUACGGAAUAACAGAUAGUAUUGGCAAUGUUGAUAUAUGGGCUAACUGCGAUAUGAAUUUACAACCAGGCUGUCCGCCACGUAACUAUGAAUUACUGAAUGCCGACGAUCGAUGCAGCCACGAUCGUGCACCUAAAUACUAUGUUGAGACUCUUCAAUAUCCAGAGGCAUUUGCAGCCAUUAAAGCGUCAAGUUGCAAAGAUUGGAGCUCAGGAGGCAGCCUUAAUAAAUCGGAGAUAGUUUACAUCGGAGAGAUCACCAAUUCACGAGGUAAUUUCUACUUGAGGACGAAUUCCGCGUCUCCAUAUGGAGAAGGCAUUGAUGGAACUAAGCCAUAAAAGUGCAUAAGAAAUGAAAAAACUGGAAAGCUGCAAACUUUUGUGUCAUAACGUUAUUAAUUUUAAACAAAUGUAUGAUUUAAGUUUGUUCUUUGUUUUAUAUUUAUUGUUAAUUAUAAAAGUACUACUAAGAAA